CAUCCAACACAAACAUUUUUCCGAACGGGUUUAGCCUGAGAUCCAAGUUGGUGACUCCAACGUUAGCACUUGGUUUUCCCCAUUUCCCAUUUCGUGUCCGUAUUUAUUUGGCCAGCCUUUUGUUGAAGUGUGUGCGGCAAACGGUUUAAGGCCGCGUUCAUCUGUAAAUAUGUCCACAGUCAUGGCCGCAAAGUGUGCCACUGCAGGUGCCACUACUACACUGGUGGCAGCCAACUCAACAGCUAAAUGCACUUCCCUGGGUGCCCAAGGAGAAGGAUCGAUGGUGGCAAAUGGAGCAGAGGGAAUGGCUGAAAAGGAAGAAGAUGGAAUGAGAUCUGUGGCCCCAAAUGGUGACUCAGGAGAGGGAUCACGAGCAGAAGCAGCACAGGGCUUGCCCGUGCAGCCAGUGAGUGCUAUCCCAGCAGCUGCAGUCAGCAGUGCAUCGUCUGGUGGUCCUCCUCCUGGCAUGCUUGGCGAGGAUGAGGCGCAGCGAAGUUUGAAGGACCAGAUGCCAAAAAUCUUUCCACGUCCACCCGGGGGCUACAGGUACUCGAUGGAGUUCCUCUACAACAUCGGCACGAGUAUGGCUGGCAUUGUACUGGACAUACCCACAUCGCCAUCGAUAACGCCUCGAAGUAUGCGCACGACGCCGCCACCGCCACCACUGUCACUGUCCUUGCAUCAAGAUGCAUCGCUGUUGUCCAUGUCGCCGCCAGGUCAGACCCAAAUGUCGUCCGGCAGUCGCUACAACAGCGGGGGCAUGCCCGCAACUGUGGUAGCACCCCCAGGACAGUUUAUGUAUCCGGGCUACGUGCACAGUGCACCGCAGCAGCGGCGGUUGUGGCACACGGAGAAUGCCGUGUGGCAAUUCGAUCGCAACUAUCCCUUCAACCAGGGAUAUACCCAACCGUAUGGAGUACCAAUGCUGCCCAUGGGCUAUGAGCAGAACUACGGAGGUGGUCAGCGUGUGUACUAUCCGAAUUACAUGAACCAUUCGCCGGGUGGAAGCAACCGCAUGAGCCAUCGUCACAAUCACAACUCCGCCUUCGCCUCGAACACGGGAAAUUCUCAGCAACAGCAACAUCAACAGCAGCAGCAACAGCAACAACAGAGGCCCACGCAGGUGAACAGCUUCCAGCAGUCCCUGCAGCAACAGCAACAGCCUCAGGGAACUGCUGCGAACCAGCAGAUGGAAGUACCCGCCCCAGGACCUGGACAUGCACCUUCGUUCGAGAAUGGCAACGUUAAUGGAGCACUCUUGCGGCUUAACCGUGCUGGACAGCAACGCAACGUCGGAUCUGGGCGUGGACAGACACCCAACGCUGCCUACAACCAACAGGGAUUCCAGGGCGAGUCAAAGACAUUCUACAACAGUGCUACUGGAUCGGGCGGAUCCCGAUUUAAUCAGGCACACAACCAGCGGAGCUUGUAUCCGCCGAACGGGGAACAGCAGCAGCAACAGCAACAGAAGCAGCAACCGCAAUUAAAUCCGAGUCAAGCGAUGCGCCGCCACAAGCACAACAACAGCUACAAUCCCAUGGAGUACAACAAACCGAUGCCACAUCAGAGCCAACAACCACACUACCAUCAAGCCCGGAAUAUGGAAGAAUUUGGCUACGUCAACUAUGGCCAGAAUGAAGGCGGCAUUCCCGAGACCCAAUCUGGUGCUGGAAUGAUGAGACCUUUGACUGCCCACAGUCCCGUGUCCCAAGCACAGCUCGAUAUGGAACUGGAGGAGCUCUGGACUUCGCUUUGUCCAGAACACUCGACCGAUCGUGCGCAAGACAUAUCCGAGCACGAGCACGAGCAGGAGCAGGAGCAAGAUUUUGUUCAAGAUUGCUCCCUGGAGGAUGGUCAGUCCUUUGCCAGCUGGGCACCCAGCGUCGAGAGCGACCAGUCCGAGGGUGAGCUAAGUGAUGCCUCCAUAGAGUCCUAUGUGCGGAGCAUCACCAUGGAGUGUGUGGCCACGGCAACGGGCACUGAGCUACCCGAUUUGAGUGGAGCCAAUCUGGUGCCCUAUGGCGACAUGAGCCACUUGAAUGGCAUGGACAGUGGCGGUGUCACACCAAGCGUAAGCCAAUCGAAUGGAUUCCGAUUCCCUAUGCUCAGUUCGAUACCAGAACAUGCACAAUUCAGGGAAGAACUGGAGCUGCUGCAGAAGAACGGAGAAGAUACUGAGGAGGAGGACAGAUUCAAGACCCCGGUUGGCUGCUCCAGCAGGAGCACACUCUCUGCGUUCUAUAUGGAUGCAACUCCAGAGUAUCUGCUACCCUUGGACCAAAAGAAUCGCUACUGGCGCGAGUUCUAUGGCUAUACCCCAGCGGAUCGUUUCAUGCUCCGUUGCAAGCACGUGGAAAUUAAGCGUCCACCGCGCACUGUGCCCAGUCGCACCCGCUGGGAGUCCUUGUCUCUGGACAUAUGGAACAAGUUCCUCGAGGCGCAGCAGACGAGCAGCAUCUACAAAACGAAGAUGCGUCUGUGGCGCUUCAUCUACAAUCUGGCUGUGAGCCAGUACCCACGGUAUGGGCUGUAUUUGGUGGGUUCUUCCAUUUCGAAUUUCGGCUCUAAAUGCUCGGACAUGGACAUGUGCAUGGUGGGCUGUACAAAUCCGAACCUUGAUCCGCGCUCCGAGGCUGUUUAUCAUCUGCAAAUGAUGCGCAGCCUGUUGAGCGGCACCAAUAAGUUCCAGGACUUCAACUUGAUUGAGGCCAGAGUGCCGAUACUCCGCUUCACCGAUUGCAAACACAAAGUCGAGAUUGAUAUUAACUUCAACAAUUCUGUGGGCAUACGCAACACGCAUUUGCUGUACUGUUACUCGCAACUGGAAUGGCGUGUCCGACCCAUGGCCCUGGCCGUGAAGCAGUGGGCCCAGCACCAUAAUAUUAAUAAUGCCAAGAACAUGACCAUUUCCAGCUAUUCACUCAUGCUGAUGGUCAUCCACUUCCUGCAGUCGGGCGUCAGUCCCCCGGUGCUGCCCUGCCUCCAUAAGAUGUAUCCGAAUAAGUUUGAGCUGCUCGAUACCGCGAACAGUGGCUACGUGGACAUGAAUGAGGUGAUGGCACCGUACGAGUCGCAGAAUACACAGACCCUGGGCGAGCUGAUGCUUAGCUUUCUGCAGUACUAUAGCAACUUUGAGUUUGGUAAAUAUGCCAUUUCCAUACGUGUGGGUGGACUGCUGCCCAUUGAGUUGUGUCGCGCCGCCACGGCACCCAAGAACGAUAUACACCAGUGGAUUGAGCUGUGCAUCGAGGAGCCCUUCGAUCAGACCAAUACUGCUCGAUCCGUCUACGAUCCGGAUACGUUUGAGCGCGUCCGUGCCAUCUUUUUGUGCAGCUUCAAACGCCUGGAGUCCACUCGGAAUCUCAGGUCUAUAUUCGAGGACUAUGAGGGGCCCACCAUCGCUAUGCGCUCCCCAUCGGUGGACUCGGAGUUCAAGUUACCCUCAUCUGACUCAAACAGUGAGGCGAUCUCGCCACGUUUGCUCAAAAUGGUGGACAAGUGCACCACCGUCAUUUGGGGCGAAAUCAAAGAGAAGUUGCCCCUGCCACCCACAAGCUACAACAGCAGCUCCACCAACACAGUAACUAUCGAACCUCCUCAAAUGGGACUAGCCCCUCAUACAUAUAGAUCUGAUCAUUAGCUUUGCUCUCUGUUCAGAAAAUGUAAAAAAAUCA